UGUGUUGUGGCUGUCAGCGGUGGCCGCCGGCGCCAUGGCGGUGCCGGAGCCGGAGCUGCAUCGGGUGUGCCGGCAGGCCUGGGAGCCCGUGCUGGUCAGGGCACGCCGGGCAGUCAUCUUCCUAGACGCGGCGUCCGCCGAGGCGCUGCACUGGGGCGGCGGCGGGGCGGGCGAGCUGCUAGCGGCGGGGGCGCUGGCCGUCAGGGCGCUGUCCGCUGAGGCGGCGGUGGCGGCGACCGCGGCGGUGAGGGCUGCGGCCCGCGUCAUCUUCGUGGUGAGCGGGGCGCUGCGGGGCGGCACCGCCGCCGCCGUGCGCGGGGUGCUGGGCCAGGGCGCCGUGCGGCACUGCGUGCUGGUGACCGGCGGCGAGGCGGAGGGCGGCGGUUCCGCCGAGCUGGAGGAGACGCUGCGGCGGUGGAUGGGCGAGGGCGGCUGCGCCGAGGCCGUACUGCGGGGCCCGCCGCUCCUGGCCCCCGUCUCGGCGGAGCUCUGCCUGCUGCCCGCCCUGGGGGCGCUCCUCCCGCCCCUGCCCGGCCCCAGCGGGCCUGGACCCGGGGAGGUCGGGCUGAGCGCCUUGCCCGUCGAGCUGCGGGCGGCGGUGCGGGGCCUGGUGGGCGACCUCGACGCUCUCUUCACUGCCCUGGGCCUGCGGGAGGAGAGCUUCGCCGUGGGGGCACUCAGCAGAGUCCUCGCAGCUGAGCUAGCAAGCUACGCCCCGGCCAGGAACAGGAGGAAGAUGGCCACUAGCAAGGCCUCCAUCGUCUUUGUGGACAGGACACUGGACCUAGCUGGAGCAGUUGGUCAUCAUGGAGACAAUCUUGCAGAGAAGAUCCUUUCUGUGCUUCCCAAGCUUCCUGGCCACAAGACUGAUGUGAUGGUUAACAUGGUAGAACUUACAGCACUGCAGACUACAGAUGAAACUUGCAAUAUUAUAGCACCUGGCUGCUUAGCACAACCAAAUGAUCCAGCUGCUAAAGCUCUCUGGGAGUCCUUCAUGAACCUCAAACAGAAGGAAGCUGUGAUGGAGGUUAGGAGACACCUUGUGGAGGCUGCAAGCAGAGAAAAUUUACCAAUUAAGAUGAGCAUGGGCAGAGUCACCCCAGAACAGCUCAGCUCAUAUGUUCAGCUAUUCAGAAAUAAUCUGAAAGCUUUGGAGAACCAUUGUGGUCUUCUACAGCUUGUGCUGGCCACGGUUCAGACUUUAAAACACCCCCAGACUUCCAAAUGGGACAACUUCCUUGCCUUUGAGAGAUUACUUCUGCAGACUAUUGGUGAGGCAGAAAUGCCUAGUGUUUUGAACCAGUUAUUGCCAAUGAUCAAGUCUUACAAUGAAAGGACGAAAGAUGAUUAUACCUGUGAGGACUUCCUUGUCUUGCUGGUAUACAUGUAUUCUGUGGUUGGAGAAAUCAAAAGUGGAAAAGAGCUGGACACAGCUGAAGAAGAAGUGAAAAAGGCUCUAGUCAAGGCUAUUUGUCAUGAGCCAGAGCCAUCUCCUUUGAUACAGAAACUAACAGGCUGUGACUCAUUGCUGAACGUGACAUCUCAGAAAGCCACAGAUGCAGUGGACGAUGUAUUUCAGUCCCUCAGGGAUCUCUCAAGAGCUCGAGCACACAUGAAACAGUUUAAUUCCAUACAUAAUAAGGGCAGUAACACCCACCAGGCUUCUUACAAACCACUGCUGAAACAGGUAGUGGAAGAGAUCUGUAAUCCUGAUCGACCAGAUCCUAUUGAUAUUGAACACAUGUCGUCAGGCCUCACUGAUCUCCUUAAAACUGGAUUCAGCAUGUUCAUGAAGGUGAAUCGUCCUCACCCUGGUGAUCAUCCUCUUCUGAUCAUCUUUAUGGUUGGUGGAGUGACAGUCUCUGAAGUCAAAAUGGUGAAGGAUCUGGUAGCAACACGCAAACCUGGUACCCAGGUAAUGGUGCUGUCCUCUGCACUCCUGACACCACAGAGUGCUGUUGAGUUGUUGUUUGCUACAGACUGUCUCCAGCCUGACACUAAUAUCUGAUGGGAAAGAUCUGUGGAGAAGAUGUGUGGAUGUCUCAGCUGGAAACAUCAAAUCCCUGGUCUGUCACUCUUCUCACUAGGCCUCCAAAAAAUUAUGUCCCCUGCUGCAGCUCUGGCUCCAGCUGAAACAGCUGGGUCUCUGGCUGCAGGGGAACAUGUGCAGCUCACAGGCAGCUCUUCAGACUGGUCCAGUUGUCCAGUAACAACUUCUCCCCUCUUUAAUGAUAACACUAUGCAGUGCUGAAUCAUUCCCAGCCCCACUAAGUCAUAGGAAGUGUGAUGGCUUUUAAUAAUGCCCUAGAAAAGGAGCAGCUGAGGACCAGGUGAUGCUGAAUUUGCACUCCCCAGGUACAAUUUUCUCUGAUUCCUGAUGGUAUCACAGAGGUUGCUUCUGGUGGGAAAUACUGCUGAGGGAGUGAAAAGCUAGGAAAAUCCACCCUCUGUCAUGCUGCCUUGCAAAACAUGUGUGCCUUAUACAGUAUUACCAGCCUCUGCUCUUACCUCAUUCCUUACCCCACAGAGGUCAUGAAGUACAGCCCUGAUUUAGCUGGCAGAGCAGCUCCCAGUCUGGUGUUGCUCUCCCGAUGGAACUGGUGGGACUGGUAGAGGCAGAGAAGCAGAGAGCCAUACCCAAAGAGAUGGAUUAGGUGGCUGCUUUUCGGUGUCCCUUUUCCUGCUCUAGUUUCUCCACCCACAGUCCCUGAAGAAAAGACUGUUUCUGAUGGCACACUUCUCUCUAGGUUUAUGCAGACAGACAUACGGGCUGUGGUGGCUCGGUCACAGCCCAGGAAGAAUCCUCCCCUCACAAGCAUCUAAAAAAGAAAAGGAAAAAAAAAA